AUGAUACGUGACCCUGAUCGUUGGCUUUGCUUCCCAGGAGGCGAGGCGCAGGAGCACGGGCCCGUGUUCCUGAUGGAGCCGCCGGCGCGCCUCGUGUUCUCCAACAGCACGGGCGCGCGCGCGUCUUGCGCUGCGCACGGGUUCCCCACCCCGCAGCUAUCGUGGCAGCUACCCGACGGCACUCAGCUGGACGACGUUCCUGGACUUAGACAGGUGCUGGAUAACGGCACGCUGUCGUUCCUGCCGUUCGCCGCGCCACAGUACCGGCAGGACGUGCAUGCGACGGUGUACCGCUGCCGCGCGCACAACGCACACGGUGCCAUCGUGUCGCGCGACAUGCGCACGCAAGCAGUGGUGUGGCAGGAGUGGCAGGUGCAUGUUACGUCAACACCGGCGGAGGUGGGUGGGCCAGCGCUGCUGACUUGUGCGACGCCGACCGCGGUUAGAGACCAUUCAUCCGUUGCUGCGUGGUACAGAGACGACGCCGUUCUAUCAGCAGGGGAUCAUUACUCUGGCCCGACCCUGCUGGUUGACGAGGGCUGGAAGCUGAUCGUGCGCUCCGUCCGCGUUGAGGACUCACGUGCUCAAUACUCCUGCUCCGUUCUGGACUCGCUUACGGGCGAGCGACGCAGGAGUCCUCCGAUCAGUAUCGAUGUUGCUCCUAUGAGUACGUCUACCGCGCCGCGUGCUCUGUGGGGCGGGGUGUGGGAGGCCAGCGCAAGGCGCGGCGGGGACGCCGUGCUCCCGUGCCUCGCGCACGCCAACCCACCACCUACCAUCAUGUGGUAUCGAGAGACAGCCAGUGGAGUGCUUCGGGAAAUACGCGAAGGUGAAGGCGGUGGAAGAUACAGCAUAGCUGCAGACGCGCUGACGAUCAGAAGAGCUGAACUUGUGGAUGAUGGAAGAUGGGCGUGCCGGGCCGCCAAUGCUCACGGUCAUCUGACGCUGCGGCUGCAUCUGGCCUUGAGAGCUCAUUUGACAGUUCACGCUCAACCACACACACAGGUGGUGAACAGCGGCGGCACGGCCGUCAUCAACUGCUCGUGGGCCGGCUGGCCAGCGCCGCGCCUGGAGUGGCUGCACAACGGCGUACCCGUGGCGGCGGGCGUGGGCGGCGGCCGCGUACGCGUGCUGGGCGGCGGCGAGCAACUCGUGGUCGCGGCCGUGCACCGUGCUGACCGUGGCGUGUACCAGUGCGUGGCGCGUAGCGAGCGUGACGCCGCGCAAGCCAGCGCCGAGCUCAGGCUAGGAGAUACCGCGCCCGAGCUGCAGUACACGUUCAUCGAGCAAGUGCUGCGCCCGGGGCAAGUGGUUACGCUGAAAUGCUCUGCAGCGGGCUCGCCACCGCCGCACUUCACGUGGCUGCUCGACGGCCAGCCGCUCAACACCAUGGCCAGAGGACAUAGAUACAGCAUAGAACAGUUCGCGACGAAGAGCAACGAGGUGGUCAGCUACCUGAACAUCACUGCAGUCCGGUCGGAGGACGGCGGGCUUUACACCUGCAAGGCUGCCAACUCGCUCGGAGAAAUAUCGCACACCUCCCGGCUGAAUAUCUAUGGUCCACCGUACGUGCGUUCCAUCGGACCAAUCAGAGCGGUCGCCGGGCGCGAACUCGUGCUCUACUGCCCUUAUUCGGGGUAUCCUAUAAGUUCUGUGCGUUGGGAGCGUGACGGCAACCAGCUAGAGUGGGAGGGCAGUGCCAGUGGCGAGGGCGCUUUGAGAAUAGCUCGAGUGGAAGCGGCCAGCGCUGGCGCCUACACGUGCAGUGCCAUCGGGCCGCACGGGGAAAUAGCGAGGCGGGAGCUACAGCUCAUUGUUAGCAAUCCUCCGGAAAUUGAGCCCUUUUCAUUUUCGGCGAACUUGCAAGAAGGCAAGCGGGCACAAGUCAGCUGUAGUGUCGCGUCGGGGGACAUGCCCGUCAGAUUCGCGUGGUUGAAGGACAACGCACCGAUACCCGCUGAUCUUCAGGUAGAAGAGCGGGGCGCGGAUUUUUUCAGCAACCUCGUAUUUAAAGAGGUUUUCGCCCGCCACAGCGGGCUUUACACCUGCGUGGCCUCUAACAACGCCGCCAAAGUUAACUAUACCGCAGAACUGGUUGUGAAAGUAUCCCCUAAGUGGAUACAAGAGCCCUCGGACGCAUCGGUACUUGCGGGGGAACCCCUCGCGUUACAUUGUCAUACCACCGGGUCGCCUACACCCCAUACAACUUGGAUGAAGCAAAGAGCCGGUUCUGCAUCAGACUUCGUUCCCAUAGUGAACCUAGGAGGAAGGUUUCAGUUCCUGUCGAACGGUACUCUCGGGAUCGAGGCAGCUCUUGCCUAUGACGAGGGCUACUACAUGUGCAAAGCUGAGAACGGAGUCGGCACUCCACUCUCUAAGAAUAUUUUUGUAGCAAUUAAUGAGCCGGCGCGGUUUGAAGUGACGUCGCACAACGUGUCCGCGAGGCGCGAGGCGGGCGCGACGCUGGUGUGCGAGGCGCGAGGUGACGCUCCUCUCCGCCUUUCCUGGUCACGAGACAACGCACCGCUAGAUCUUUCUACCUAUAGGUUAAGUAUAUCAGAAGCAAAGACUGAUAGUGGUUUAAGGUCGCAGCUGUACAUCAGCCGCACCGACCGCCAGGACUCCGGCGUGUACAAGUGCCAGGCGGUCAACGCGUACGGCCACAGCGACCAUUAUAUUUAUCUCUCCGUCCAAGAAAAGCCGGAAACGCCUCAAUCUCUGUCCGUAACCGAAAUCCAGUCGCGCGCAGUGCGGCUGUCGUGGAGUCUGCGCUUCGACGGCAACUCGCCGCUGCUGGGCUACACGCUGCAGUACACGGCGCUGUCAGCGCAGGGCGCCAUCCGCGUGUCGCACUGGGACGGUGCCACCACCAUCAACGUGUCACUGCACGGGACCCAUUCCCAUUCACACGUCACGCUUACCAAGAAAGGUGAUAUCCACUACGAAGCCCUACUAAGCAGCCUACGCCCACACACAGCAUACAUGAUACGCAUAGCUGCCGUCAAUCAAAUUGAUCACAGUGCGUUCACUGAAGCUGUAGUCGUCAAGACACAAGAGGAAGCACCAUCAGAAGCUCCAAGCGGCGUAUCAGUAUCAGCAGGUGCGGCAGGAGAACUGCACGUAUCUUGGCGCUCACCUCCACGGGACGCAUGGCAUGGUGAACUACUAGGAUACUCCGUGUCUUGCGCGGAGCUAGGUCCGGACGCUGUGACACUCCCCAAUUCAACUAGAACUCUAACAGUUAACGGCUGGUCAGCAAGCGAGUUAACCUUAUCAGCGUUGAAGAAGUUUACGCGAUACGAGGUGCGAGUGAGAGCAUUCAAUGGAGUCGCGGCCGGACCUCCUUCUGCUCCCGUCACUGCCACGACCUUAGAAGGAGUUCCAGAAGCGGCUCCAACUAGAGUGACGUGCUCUGCUCUAUCAUCAUCGAGUAUCAAGGUAUCGUGGGCACCUCCACCGCCGGCCUUCCGCAACGGCAUCAUACAGGGCUACAAAAUCAUCUACGCACCACUAUCUACUAGCCAUGCGGAGGGUGCGGAAAUAAAGCGCGUGUCGACGACGGAGACGUAUCUGCACACGCUGCACAAGUACAGCAACUACUCGCUGCAAGUGGUCGCCUACACCGCCGCGGGGGACGGCAAGCGCAGCGCGCCCACCUACUGCAUGACCGAGGAAGAUGUGCCAUCAGCUCCAGAAAAGAUAAAAGCGCUGCCGUAUUCCAGCGACUCAGUGCUCGUGAGCUGGCUGCCUCCCGUACACCCCAACGGUGUCAUAUCGCACUACACCGUUUACUAUCGCGAAGCGGGGCGGUUAGGUAAACAUUUAAGCUUCACUGUGUCUGCUGAUAAGAACCCUGAAAUAGAGCUGAUGUUCCAAGUGAGAAAUCUCAUGGAAAACCAGCUCUACGAGUUCUGGGCAUCUGCUACCACGGGUUCUGGUGAAGGAGAAUCGACGCCUGUGGUAGGACAAGGACCGAGCGCAAGGAUACCAGCUCGCAUCGCCUCGUUCGGCGGCGAGCGGCGCGUGGGCGCGGGGCGCGGCGCGCUGCUGGCGUGCGCGGCGGUGGGCGCGCCCGCUCCCCGCACGCGCUGGACGCACGCGCGCGCGCCCGUCACGCACCACCGGUACUACCAGGUCACCAGAUCCGGCCACCUGCAUAUACGAGAAGUAAACGAGCAAUCAUCUGGCAACUUCUCGUGCACAGCCACAAACAGCAUCGGCGAGGACUCCAUUGUUUACGUGGUUAAAGCAGUGCUACCACCCGGGGCACCAGCCUUAUCCCUUCAGUACACAACUGCUACUAGUAUCAAGCUACACUGGAGCCUUCCCACUUCUGAUACUGACCAGCCUGUUCUUGGAUACAUCCUGCAGUACAAACAAGCAUCCGAAACAGAGUGGCACAGCAUCGAACUAUCGCCAGAACAGACUUCCUACACCAUGGACAUGUUGAAAUGUGGCACAACAUACAACGCGAAGAUUCAGGCUCAAAAUAAGAUAUCCCUAGGACCGCCCAGCGAAAUACUCACUGCUACUACUAGAGGCGGACGUCCCAAAGCGCCAAAACCAGAAGAACACGUCCAUACGAAUGCUACUGCAAUCAAAAUUAACCUGUACGCUUGGCGCGACGCUGGCUGCCCGAUACUUGGAUUCCGUGUUGCCUACCGGCGAGCUGGUGACGACCAUUGGAUACAGGCCGGAGCUGGUCUGAGUGCAGCGAGGCACGUGGUCGGCGCAUUAGCCCCGGGCGCUUGGUACGAAGUGGCCGUGGAAGCGUGGAGCGACGCCGGCGUUGAACGAGUCACGCUCCUAGCUGACACCCAUACCCUUGCUGGAGGACGUAUUCCUCCUCUACGCGUAGUGCCGCCUCCCUCUGGGGGUGCGCGCACGGGGGCUAUGCGGACUGCACUCGUUUGGUGCGCAGCCAGUGCUCUUGUGAUCGUGGGCGCGUUGGCCGCCAUUUUGUGUGUACUGCACGCUAAGCGGAAGUUCUUUUGCUUAUCUAACGACCACUACUUGCGGGACAACCGCAAGCUUAGCGAAAGCAACGAAGCCGAAAGGGAGAAGCUCCGAGAGGGACACAAACUGUACUCCUCCUCAUCCAUCAACGGCAAUGAGAAAUCCAACGAUGAUUCUUCAGCGGAGCUGUACGAGAUCAGUCCGUAUGCGACGUUCGGCGGCGGUGCGGCGGCGCACUCGCUGCAAUUCCGUACGCUGGCGCGCCGCGACGACGACGCUGCGCCACCUCACCGCAGGCGAAGACGCGCUUGCGAUCAUUAUAGAUACGAUGAGUCAAGCCUCUCAAAGUGUUCAACAGUGGAAGCGCGACACAGGCUACGCGCCGCUCCCGCCCCCGCCCCCACGCCCGCCCCCGCACCACACUGGCGGGAGCGGUCAGACUCCGAUGACUACAGUGAUAGUGCUGCCAACACAACUACCAAAGGUUCAGGCGGCUCCGGUGGCGGCAGUGCGUACGGCAGUGGGCGGCGCACCGCCAGCAGCGGAGGUCAAAACGGGAGCGAUGGGCUUUCGGGAGUAUUUGCACCAGUGCCUCCUGAUAUAUCCUCGCUAAUAGACAAAUACCAACAAAGAAAAGAACAAGAACGUCGGGAAUGCACAAUCCACGUCUAACAUUCCAUGGUCCAUUGUAGAUUUUAUAUAUUUAGUCUAAAAAUAACUCAACUGAACCGUUCAACGCAACCUCACCUAUUUUACAUAGAUUUUGUUACGAAAUAAGCUUUUAUGCGUAAAUUAAAAUCAUUUCAUCAAAAAUAUUUUAUUACAUAUCACGACAAAAUUAGUUCUUGGCAAUUAUUUUUGAAAAUCCAAAAACCUACACUUCAUGAAUUUUGGAUAAUCUGAAAAAACUGUAAACGAGAUAAAUAUAAUAUAAAAUAACAAA